GUGACGUGCGUAUUGUCUAUGGUCUCUCCCGUCCCUCGGCUUUAACUGCACCAAUUCCAUAAUCAGAAGAAAUGAGUAGACUCAAUGGAAACCUACUACGUAGUUUUAUCAGACGAAGAUCUUUUUGUACAGCAGACAAUAUCGAUGGUAACCUUCAGAGCUCUAAAGUCCAAAUCUUCGAUCGCCACCUCAAACGCAAACAACGUGAUAGGGCUGCAUGGUUGAUAAAUCGGGAAGAUUCUUUGGUCAACACCGUGGCUGAUAACCUUUUGGAUCGCCUGGAGGAUGUCAAAAAGACAUUUCCUACUACAUUAUGCUUGGGAGGUUCCUUGGAAGCAAUUAGGCGUUCCGUAUGUGGGCGUGGUGCCAUACAAAAGCUAAUUAUGAUGGAUUCAUCAUAUGACAUGGUGAAAUUGUGUAAAGAUGCUGAAAAGGAUUUUGCUAGUGAUAACAUUGAAACUUCAUUUAUGGUAGGCGAUGAAGAAUAUUUACCUAUACAAGGAAGUUCUGUUGAUUUAGUAAUAAGUUGCUUGGGCCUCCACUGGACAAAUGAUCUUCCUGGAGCAAUGAUACAGAGUAGAUUGGCAUUGAAACCUGAUGGCUUGUUUUUGGCAGCCAUUUUUGGUGGAGAAACACUAAAAGAGCUGAGAAUUGCCUGCACUAUAGCACACAUGGAGCGUGAAGGUGGUGUGAGCCCACGAGUAUCACCAUUAGCACAAGUGCGAGAUGCAGGCAAUCUGUUGACUAGGGCAGGCUUCACUCUUCCAGGGGUCGAUGUUGAUGAAUACCAGGUUAGAUAUAAUAGUGCCCUGGAGCUAAUAGAACAUUUGCGGGCAAUGGGUGAAACUAAUGCUCUUGUAAAUAGGAUCAAAUUCUUAAAAAAAGACACUGCUCUGGCGGCAGCAGCUGUCUAUGAGUCAAUGUUUGCAGCAGAAGAUGGCACCAUCCCUGCAACUUUCCAGGUGAUAUACAUGACUGGGUGGAGGGAACACGAGUCUCAGCAGAAGGCUAAGCGGCGGGGAUCUGCCACCGUAUCUUUCCAGGACAUCCAGAAGGAAUUCGGGAGCACCUGAACUCUCCCUUCCCAAACACCGAUUUCGAGUGGAAUAUACUGGGUUCGUUUCCUAAGUCCUUUUGUUCGUGAAGGAAUAUUAUGUGGGCAUGAAAUGGACCUGCAACCGAUGAGACACCAGGGGUGUCAAAAUAACCGAAACAGGUUUGGUUUAUUCGGUUUUCGGACUAGAAGAUUUGGUAUUCAGUUAUUAUUUUAGUAUUUUGGUUAAACCGAAUAAUACGUUAACAAAAUUAU